GCUCCUCUGCUGGUGCCAGGGGAGAUCUGCUGCUGGGGUUUCAAAAGCGACACAAUCUUCAGUAACUUCCCCAUUGCCUUGUCCUCAUGUUUCUGGUCUGCAGUGGAAGUUUGUAAACAAAGGGGCUGGAAGAGAUCCAUAUCAAAGCUUGCCACAAACAUAUUCCCUGAGUCAUGAGGACCCACAGCAAAAUGUUUAAAAAUAAACAGCUCUUGAGCCUGGGAGGAGAACGAUGUUAGAAACACUUCCCCUCCUGUCCCCAGAAAUCAAAUAUUGCAUUCUUGAAGCUUUUCUGUCUUUAUGGGGUCAAUAAAACUCUUCAGCCUGAGCUAAAUCAUUCAGAAGAAAGCUCAGAUAACGGGUUGAAGGAAGAAAUGUCAGCUCACCAUGUGCCUGGGUGAUGGCCACAGAGCCACAUCACCGUGCGUGCUCCAGCCUGGCAUCUGGAGCUGCCAGGAUGGAAAUCAUUACGUCUUUCCAGUCCCUUCCUCUAUUUUAUAAAUACCAUUUGGUAUUUGCUUUCCCCUUUUGCAAGUCAGAACCAAACUGGCUUCGUUUAUCACUGUCACCUACUUCUUUAUUCAGGUCUGGGCCAAAACUCCUCAACCAGCCAGUGGUUCCUCGCUCCAAGGGCACUUGUUGCUGGGGAAAGGGGUCACCUGUUCGAUUGCAAAAGUUGCUUCUUUGCUUAUUUUAGAGCUGUUUGGUUUAACCUGCCCUGCUCACAAACUGGGUGGUGUCCCCAGCCUGUCCUGCCAGGGCUUCAGUUGUGCACCAGCAAUGAAAAGACUGGUUAAAAAAGGCAUAUAAAUGAAAUUAUAUAAAUAUUAACUCCAGAUAUUUGUGCCAUUAUGCCUCAAAGGUAAAUCUGGCUCAAUCAGAUCUACCUUACAUCUUAUCAGUCUUACUAAUCUCCUUCUCAUUGCUCAUGGGAACAAGUACAACCCAGCACGAUGGGUGGCAAAUGUUUACUUCCAGGACAAUAUUGAGGCAAAUCCCAUCAGAAGCUCAAUUCCAUGAAAAAAAAAAUAUAAAAACCACAGCCCCUUGAAAUGUUUCCAUGCUGUCUUUAACAUUAUAAUUUUCUGUAGGGAAAGAAAACCACCAUCGUUUUCUCUCCAGGACGCUGAAAAUGAGGUGCGUCCACUUUUCUACCUGAGCCUCUCUGACCUGUUUUUGGGAAUGUGCUGGCUGGCUGGGGCUCUGCUCUACAGUUCACCCACCUCCCAGCAGGACCUCAUCUGCUACAACCUGCAAGCAACGGGACAGAUAUUCUACGUGGCCUCUUUCCUCUACACUGUCAACUACACGUGGCACCUGUACAGGGACCUAAAGGUGAAGUACAACCAGAACCUCUUCAGGGUGCUCCCCCAGGCUGUAGAUUAUGCAAGUUGUGUCGGCCGAAUAGCAACGAUCUUGUCGAGCCUCAUCCCUUUCCUCCUCAUGGUGCCGGUGUUUUGCCUGGGCAACAGCAGUAAUUGCUACCAGAACUUCAGCCAGAAGCACGGCUGUCUCCUGAUGCACACGGAGAUCGCCGUGACCACCAACGAGCCGCAGACCCUGAGCGGCUCCGUCUGCCGCGCGAUGCAUUUCUACGGCAUCGGGGUCUUCCUCAUCUCCUUCCUCAUCAGCUUCGUGGCCAUUCUGGUGAUCCUCAGCCAGGCCCGAGGUCUGUACAAGAGGUUUGUGAACUCCACAGGGUUCCUGGGGGACCAGCAGUGGGCCAUGAUUAAGAUGGUGGAACAACGAGUGGUCUUUUACCCCAUCGUGUUCUUCUGCUGCUGGGCCCCAGCUGUCCUCCUUGGAAUGCUGAAGUUGACUGUUUCAACAACCAGCAAGAUCUACAUGGCCCUGCUGAUCCUGCAGGCUCUCACAGCAGCUUCCCAGGGGCUCCUGAACUGCCUGGUGUAUGGAUGGACCCAGCACGUGUUCCUGUCCCUCAAACGCGGCGCCCGCCGGGACGUGGACACCCAGACCCCCCUCCUGCGCUCCCAGAAGAAGUUCUACUCCAGCACAGCCCCCACCAGCCCCCCAGACACUGAGGGCUCCACGUCCACGCUGCUCUGAAGUGUCCUGCCAACACCUCCUCGUGUUUUAGGAAUGUCAUCCAGACCUGGGAUGGGGCUGUUGGCUCCAAACUGUCCCAGCCGUGGGGAGGGAGGAGCCUGAGCAGGUCUGUCAGAGACACUCAGUGGAGAUAGUUAUUUAUUUUACAGGUCAUAUGGACUCUAAAUGGAUUCUUUCAACAUGGUAAAUCUCUAGUCCAGACUUUCUGCUUCUGGAACUAUCCCUAGAAAUGCAGCAGGUGGUGUGUAACAGCUCAGAGGUCUCAUCCAGCUCCAGCAGAGGAUGUUUUACUUCUCCAAGUAUUUGUUUUAUUUCUUGAAGUAUUUGCCAUUGCAAAAUAACAGUAAAGCAAAGUGAAUAUUUUUCAUA